AUGGCGUUUAUCCACGAGGCUUCAGAGGAAUGCAUCAAAUCAGAGCUAGAUCUUUUUCAACUGGCACCUACGCAAACAAGCAUUGAAAACUGCACGUACAUCGAGAUCCCCCCUUUAUCAGCGCUGACACCGAAUGCACCCUUGGAAUUUUUUAUAACCGGACACGGCGAGCAUUACACGGAUUUAAACAAUACUCUGCUGUAUGUGAGCUGCAAAAUUGUAAAGGCUGAUGGCACGGAUAUCGACGAUGGUGCAAGAGUCAGCCUUGUCAAUUACCCCAUAGCAUCAUUGUUCAAUCAGGUGGAUGUCACAUUAGGGGAUCGCGUGAUUACACAGAGUCACCAUUGCUACGCCUACAGAGCAAUUAUUGAACUUGUUCUGAAUUAUGGUGGAGAUGCCCUGAGCACCCAAUUUUCAGCGGGUGGUUUUUACAAGGAUGAUGCAACACUCAUGGAGAACACACUGUUGACCGCUGCUGGUAACUCCGGUUUCAGAGCGAGAGCUAGACAUACAGCCGGAAGUCGUAAAUGGGAUCUGCUAGGACCAUUGCAUAGUGAUCUAUUUUUUCAAGACAGGCUAUUGAUUAACGGUGUGGAUGUGAGCAUUAAACUCUCAAGAAGUAAAAACGAGUUCUGCCUGAUGAGAGAUGGUAAUGAAAAUUACAAAGUACAGAUCCUGGGCGCAUCUCUCUUUGUAAAACGUGUAAAAGUAUCCCCUGGUGUACGGUUGGGCCAUGCGGAGGCGCUGCUUACCUCUAACGCCAAAUACCCUAUUGAUCGUGUAGGCAUGAAGGUUUACAGCAUUCCUGCAGGCAGUCUUGUGUGUAAUCAGGAAAACCUAUUUCUAGGACAGUUACCUAAACAGUUAGUGAUCGGCUUCGUGGACAACGCUGCAUUUAGUGGUAAUUAUGAAAGAAACCCUUUCAAUUUUCAGCACUAUAAUGUCAACUUUUGCGCCCUGUAUUGUGACGGUGAACAAAUUCCUGCAAAACCCCUUCAACCCGAUUAUGAACAUAACCUUUUUGUGAGAGAAUAUAUGCAAUUGUUACAGACUUCCGGUAAAUCCAUGAAAGACCGUUCUGUGCUGAUUAACCGUGAGGAGUUUAACAAUGGUUAUACAUUAUAUUGUUUUGAUUUGAACCCUGAUCAAGGUUGCUCAGAGCACUAUUCCCUGAUCAAGAAUGGCAACCUGAGGGCGGAAAUUAGAUUUGCUGUGCCCCUCCCCAAUACCGUCAACAUGAUACUCUAUGCAAUCUUUGAAAAUCUUAUUGAAAUAAGCCACACACGCAACGUCCUAUAUGAUUACAUGUAA